UCAGGUGUCGAUUUCUGUGCUGAGCUCAUCUGUUGAGGUUUUAUGGGCGGCCUUAACGACCUCAGCUGGUGGGCUCUCAUUUCUUCCCUUCUCAUCCCUCUUACCCAAGCAGCCAGCUUUCUCGAGUUGGGCCAGUCUCUCACAGAUGGCCACACUUUAUCCUCCUCCGGCGGCAGUUUCCACCUUGGCUUCUUCAGCCUAGACGGCUCCGGUAACCGCUUUGUCGGCAUCUGGCAGGGCGACUUCUUCCCUGACAACGUCGUUUGGGUCGCCAACCGAAAUUCCCCCAUUCCCCACUCUACCACCGUACUCUCCGUCUCUGGUGACGGCAACCUCGUAAUCGUGGAUGGCCAAAACAGAGUCUUUUGGUCAACCAACGUCAGCCUACCGUCAAACGACUCCACGGCGGAGCUGACGGACUACGGCGACCUAAUGCUCAACAGCUCCGGCGAUACGGCAUGGGAAAGCUUUUCCCAUCCCACAAACACCUACCUGCCCGGCAUGAAGGUUGGGUUCCGCCUCGACCCCGACUCGAAUCAGGUGAUCACAUCGUGGAAUACCGCCGGUGAUCCGGCACCGGGAAACUUCUCUCUUGGCGUCGACCCGUCGUCCCAGCUUUUUAUAUGGGAAGCCGGCCUACCGCGGUGGCGCUCCGGACCGUGGAACGGCCAGGUUUUUGUUGGAAUUCCCGGUAUGAUGUUUCCGGCCGCGUACGGAUUCACACUUAGCAAUUUCAUCCAGGGAAACACGGUGUAUUACUACACCGGCCACAAUAGCUCGCACCGUUGGGUUCUGACGCCGUACGGUACAGUAAAGCACUUAGUGUUUUCUGAAAGCAACAAAACCUGGCUUAAUUUAUGGGAAGCUCCGGUCACUGAAUGUGAAAAGUAUAACAUGUGUGGUAACUUUGGGAGCUGCUCUGAUGGCUCGACUCCGAUCUGCAGCUGCCUCAAGGGGUUCGUGCCUAGAUCGAAGACAGAAUGGGAGAGGGGGCAUUGGACGGGUGGGUGUGUUAGGAAAGUACAGUUGCAGUGCGACAGCAAUGUAUCAGCUGCCGGCGGUAGCCAGACUGAUAAGUUUUAUCUGAUAGAAGGAGUAAAGCUGCCGGAUUUGGGGGAUAAGGUUACUCAAAGAGAGGUUGUGAAUUUGGUUUCGUGUGCAGAGGUUUGUUCUAGGAAUUGCUCUUGCAGGGCUUACUUUUUCUUGGAUUCAAUUGGGUGCAUGAUUUGGGCUGUUGAUCUUGUCGACAUCAAUGUUUUCUCUACUGGCGGCAAUGAUUUGUAUCUGCGUGUUGCGGCGAGCGAAUUCAAUGAAGGUAACAAGAAAAAGACAUUGGCAGUAUAUAUUAUUGUGAUCAUAGUUUCAGCUGGGGUGUUUUUUCUUGGAGGCAACAGCUUCUUGUUCUGUAAGUGGAAGGGAAGAAGAGAAGGAAGUGUUACUUGUGAGUCUAUUUUCUCCUUGUUCUGCAAUUGGAAGGGGAAAAGAGAAGAGUUCCAUGGGAGAGCAAGGAAGAAAGAAGAAUCGAAAGAAUUUUCAGAUGCGAUUGAGAUGCAGGAUCAAGCAAACGAUAGAAAAUCCUAUGAAUUGCCUUUAUUUAGUUUCAGCACUAUUGUGGAGGCAACAGGAAGUUUUUCUCAAUCUAAUUUUCUUGGAAAAGGAGGAUUUGGCUCUGUCUUUAAGGGAAAACUUCCAGAGGGCCAAGAAAUUGCUGUAAAAAGACUUUCUAGGGGUUCAGGGCAAGGAUCAGAGGAAUUCAAGAAUGAGGUUACCCUCAUUGCAAAAUUACAACACAGAAAUCUUGUCAGACUUCUAGGAUUCUGUACUGACAAGGAAAAUCAGUUGCUAGUCUAUGAAUACAUGCCAAACAAAAGCUUGGAUGCUUUUCUUUUUGGCCCUAACAAGAAAGGACUGCUAGAUUGGAAGUCGCGAUACCGGAUCAUCGAAGGAAUUGCUCGAGGACUCCUAUACCUUCACCGAGACUCGAGAUUACGAAUCAUUCACCGCGAUUUGAAAGCUAGUAACAUCUUGCUAGAUGCAGAGAUGAACCCAAAGAUUUCGGACUUCGGUCUUGCAAGAAUCUUUAGAAAUGACAGCAAUGAAACAACCACUAAAAGGGUGGUUGGGACAUAUGGUUACAUGGCACCAGAGUAUGCAAUGCAAGGACUAUUCUCUGUGAAAUCUGAUGUCUAUAGCUUUGGGGUGCUGCUCCUUGAAAUUGUUAGUGGGAAAAGAAGUAACACAUAUCACUCUGAAGUGGACCUUUAUCUCCUUGCUUUUACUUGGAGGCUAUGGACUGAAGAAAAUUUGAUGGAUUUAGUGGAUCCAACAGUAAGGGAUUCAUGCUCACUUGAUGAGGUCUCAAGAUGCAUCAAUGUGGGACUAUUGUGUGUGCAAGAUAAAGCCAGUGAUAGGCCAACAAUGGCUUCAGUUGUUAUGAUGCUGGAGAGUGGGAUUAUUGCUCAACCAAUCCCUAAGAGACCAAAAUUUUCAUUUGAAACUAACUUUAGUGAUACCAAAUCACAUUCAUCUGAUAUAGGAUCCAGCUCAAACAACACUUCCAUCACCAUUUUGACAGGGAGAUAAGAGCUAGUGGUAAUCUUUAAGUGUAAACUGGAUUAAUUAUUUUGUGCGGUCAACGGACGCUGUCCAGAGGCAAAUCAGGAUGCGCCACAUCAUUUUUUUGUUGUGUAACGGUGCUGUAACGUGGCAUAUUCUGAUUCGCCUCCGGACGAUCCGGUGAC